ACCAAGAGAGUACUUUUUACUUUGAGCAUGUCAGGCCUGUACUUUUUCACUUUUCCUUGAGUAAAGAAGUUGAAUCAAAUACUUCUGAAGCUUUUUGUGGCAGGGCUGGAUGUUGUUGUGGUGUGUUUGAGUGCAGGCAGUAAAAGCAUAAUAUAGCUAUAAAGGAAAAGAUGGGUUCAAAAGUCGAGUUGCUGUGAGAUCUCCACCAAAACAACACCUCAACCAGUAACAGAAUAAAUUGCCUUCCUUUAACAUGUUCAACUAAUGCAUUUUCAGACGAAAGUGAAAGUAUCCUCGGGCUCUCUCUCACGCAAGACCACGUUGAUAAAAAAAAACAACACCACCCUGAAGUAGCAUUACCUCCCGGCGGCAGAACCGUGAAGAAGGCAGCAACCUGCCCACACUAAACAGCACAAAAUGGGCAAAAUUUACCAGGUCGUGGUGCAUGGACUACGAGGGGAGAAGAUGAUGAUCGACCUCUGCAACACAGAGGAGCAGAUGCAGAAAAUGACAGUGCUGCAGCUGAAGGAUAAGAUAGCGCAAAGGCUCCCUGAGAGCGCAGGACAGGAUAAUCUGCGGUUGAUCUUCACAGACAAAUGUCUGGAUGAAGACACCUCGCUGCUGUCUGAAUUUGGAGUCCAGCACUUGUCCGUCAUCCAAAUGGUGAUGAAGGUUCCUGGAGGUCUGAAGGCCUGACAGAGUCCACCUCCUCCUGCAGUUGUCAGCCAACGCUGCCGCCGCUGCUACUACUGCCACUUCAUAUAACCGCUCCUUAUGUUGUUUACAGCUGAACUGUAUAUGUGUUUGCAAUAAUACUUUAAUGUUCCUAUGUUGCUUCUGAUGUCUGAAAAUAAAAAAAAUUCUUUCUAA